UGCCCAAGCCCUCUUUCUUGCGACUUUCUGCUUGACAGAAAAACAAAACUUGUCCGGAAGCAGCGAAGAAUUGACCAUGAUCGAAUUGCUUUAAAUCGCGUCCCCUCUCGCCCCGAUAGCCUCUUACUUUCUUGUGAAGCAUGAACGGCCAUUUAUUGGUGCUCGAUGGAGUCUCAUAAACUCGUACCUUCAUGGCCUGUGCUCGCCUGCUCUUCUUGCUUGCGAAUGGUGGGGUGGUUGGUCUAGUUCUCCACUGCGCAUGCCCAUCGUUACAGAGUAUUGGCCGUCAAAGUCACACUCGACCUUGUCAGACAUCCAAUCGUCUUAAAACAUGUCACUGUGCCUGUCUGCACUCUCACAUAAAACAAGUCGUGUCCCAGCUUCACAACGACAUCUCUACUAUUCUACUGACCCCCAGCCACCUUGCUGUUUACAUCACCAGGAAUGUGGCCGCCGCCGGGACCAGACCGACCGACUACCCAAGCGCCUUCACGCGUCCUGCUUCACCUUGGACCGCGUUCGCUUCUGCUGCGAGAUUUCUUUGGACUGGUCACAGACAUGACAUGUGCGCUUCGGCUCCAGUCGUUUGGAUUUUCUCCGUAUCGCUGGGAUACAACACUGUCAUUAACAGAUUGACUCCAUUGAUCAUGCGCAGUGUGGACCCUGCGUGAUAAGUCCCGGUCUGGUUGUAGCCAAAUGCGAAAGCCAAAUCGUUCGUCUUCGGGAGCGUCGGCCAGCAAUCACUACUCUGGUUUUGCGAUUGCAACUGGACUUUCGGUGCGGGAUCGCCAGUGAUGGCUGUUCCAGUAAGUGUUACAAUGCGAGUGAUAC